AUGCUCCGCAGGAGACCCUUUUUUAUCCUCUUGCAGAUCCUAUUUUUCAGCACGGCUAUCGCACGCAACAUAGCCAGUACAAAGAAUGUAUCCUGGGUCCUGAUCGAUGGAGAGGGCCAUUUCUACGAUUUUGCAAAUGUUAUCGCAGCUAGCGGGGUGUCGCCUCUGGUCCAUGUUCCAGCUGAAGAGGUUUGGUUGAUCAAGUGUGCGCUUGAUUCUGGUGCUCACUGUGGGUCAAUGGUUCCCAUGGCAAAUAGCACUGCGUGUUUCUUCAAAGUGAAUGGGAUCCAUGAUUUAAUACCUCAGGGCAUCGUUUGGAAAGUGGUUCAAGCAACCAAGUAUCCUCUUCCUGGUUUUCGCGAUAUAUAUCUUUCGCCUUUGAUUCAACACUAUAACCCGCCAAUGGUCGCUUUAUCUGCGGAUACCCAAUUUUCCCUCUUUAUACUCGACAAAGAGAAAUAG